CAAAAACAAGAAGUACGGAGUACAAAAACAACCUUCUCUAACAAGAAGUUGUUUCGCCACAAAAAAAUCUCUACAUGGAUAAUUAUUUCUCGUAUUAAGAAUAAAAAUCAAGUCAAAAAUAUUACCGGCUUUGCUCCGCUGGUGGCAGUACUUAUCGCACGUUCGAGUCUAG